AUGCGAACAUUGAUAUUGGUUCUUACGACGAUAGUUAGUCAAGCUAUGACGGCACCACAGCAACAGAGGCAAUAUUACAAUGCCCAUUCCUAUCAGUAUCCGCCACAACCAGUUUAUCCCCAGUAUACACAUAAUGCCAAUGGCUAUUACUAUUAUCCACCACCACCUAGACCACAACAACGCUACAAUGUGCCUGCACAACCGAAAAAGGAAAGAUCUUAUAAGGAUAUAUGUCGUAUGGUUAAUGCAAAUGGUUUCACCAAUCCCGGUGGUGUUCCCAAGUGUCCUUAUUAAUGUGUAAUUGCAGAGCAAAGAUAUUCUUACUGUCUAAUUUUAUGUGUGUAAAUUUGUGUCUUAGGAACAAAUCAAAAAAUAAAUGUAAAUAAUUUUAUAGUUUUUCAAAAAGAAAAGUUGUUUGGCAAAUAAUAUAUAUAUCUUUUUAACCCAUUUUGAAGACCUUCUACAUAGAAAAUUCACAUGGAUUUCCUAUUUAUAAAAUACCUUCCUGAGGACCGUCUCAUCUACAGGGUGAGAUAAAAAACUAUAACAAAGUCAAACGCCAUAAUUUUAACAUUUUUUUUUUUAAUUUUAUUGAAUGAAAGCAAAAAAUGUCGGAAAUAGCAUCAAAUUUUAGAACAAGUUUUGAUUUGUUCGAAUCGGUCACCUCUAGCACGAAUUAUGGCCCUCAAACGGUCAAUGAAACCGUCACACGCUGCCCGAAAUGAAAAUGAAGCGAGGAAUCUAAUUUUGCAACCAUUAUUGGGUGGCGCGUGCUAAGUCCUGUGGCCAAAAUGUUUGCGUUCCCAAGGCUUUAGAAUAUUUUCGCGAUAAUAUUCGGCAUUUAUUCUGAUGCCACGGUCGAUUAAUACGAGCGGAGAGCGACCAUCGUCUGUUAUGGCGGCCCACACCCUCACCAUGGCCGGCGCUUGAUUUGUGGUGGCCAACCGAAGGUGCACAUUUUCAGCUGACCUCUUUGGCAAGUAAACACGAUCAUUUUGUUUGUUUACAAACUGCUGGACAACGAAUGUUUUCUCAUCGGAGAAAACCAAAUUCGGCAGUUCACCACUUUCGGUCAAGCGAAGCAACUCUUUAGCUUUUUUGGGUCUAUUUUCUUUCAGUGGCGGUGUAAGUCCUUGCACUUUUUGGAAUUUCAAUGGCUUUACCACGAGCUUAUUUUUCAAUAUGCCGAAUGGAAUAUUGCGAUCUGAUCAGCUCACGAGCCAUUUUUCGGACACUGCGAUGCAGGUUUCGAUCAAGUCGCUUCUUUAUUUUCGAACCAUUUUUGCUGAUGUUGCUGUUUCCUUCCGUCCACUUCCUUGACGUCGGGCUACGCUACCAGUACCACGGUACGAUACACAAAAGAUUUAUUCACAUUUAAAUGCCGGAGUGCUCUAACGAUAGCCACUUGUGGUUUUCCAACCAAAUAUAAAGAAAUCAAACUAUCACGCUUGAAUUUCAUCACGAAUAACUUUUUUUUUUCUGGAAAAUUCUCAUCAAAAUUAUUUGGAGCGCUUUUAAACAACAAUGAGUUGUCACUGCAAUAAUUUUAAGAGCUGUCGGACGAGUGGCUUAGAAAUGACAGCAAUCUGAAGUUGGUUGCAGUUUUUAUCUCACCCUGUAUAGACUGUCUCCUUUACAGAAGACAUUUGAAAGACCUUGUAAGGUCCUUUAACUGUAGAAAAUACAUCAACAUUCUCUUGGAUGCCUUUGAUGUACAGAAGUUUAAUGGUCUAGCUUUUAAGGAUACUUUUUAAGUGUAUUUCCUUCAUUCAAGCCCCUUUAAAUGUCUUCUUAUGUAUAUUGUCGUAUAGACC